CUUCAGGCUAUAAAAUGUCGCCUGGCUGACCUCACAGUCCCAGAGGGAGACUGGAGCCCAGAGGCCGUCCGGUUUGUGAAGGAGGCUGUCCUGGGCUCUGAUGACUGUAAAAUGAAGAUCCACAAAUUAGACCAGCACAAAGGGGACUGUCUGAUCUACAUGUACCUCUUCAUUGGUACUGAUAGUCAGGAGCUGGACAAGAGCAUCAACCAUCAGCUGGCCAAGUCACAGCUUUGGCAGCAGCUCACAACACAAAACAACAACACAAUCACCAGCAACAAUGGCGGUGUGGAUUCAGGUCUGAGUGCUUCAGUGGAGAAGUUGACUCUGAGCAGCCCGGCCCCUUACCCCAUUGCCAAGACUUCAAGCCAAGCUCUUCUCGGGGCAGGGGACGGUCCUCAAGAUACGACCUCCAAAGCUGGGGUGCAGCCCCUUCCCCUGCCUCCUUCACUGGACUUCCCCCAGCCUGGUCAGAAUAUGGACGUGUUUGUGCCAGUGGCCUGCCACCCCGGUUACUUUGUGCUGCAGCAAUGGCAGGACCUGCAUAAGCUUGUGGUGUUGAUGGGGGAGAUGGUUCUUUUUUAUAACCAGUCGUCCAAGAUCGACUCCUCUGCCCCCAAUAUCGAGAAAGGAGGGAUCUACGCGACCAAAAUAGACAAGAAGUAA